AAUCACAAAAUCUUUCAAUUGUGUCCUUUCCACGUGUCCGAUUAAUUAAAUUUCACACUCCCCGCAGCGCCCCCUCUCAAACGUCACUCCACCGAACCACUAAUCAACUUUUCUACUUGAGUUUGUGUGAUGUGUGCUUUUCCUUCCAAUUUUCUUCUUAAUUAACCAACCGGGGGCUGCAUGGCAGGGAAGAAAAUCCGUUCGAGAACGUCACAAAAUUCGAUUUCUGUCAGUUCUCUCAGUAAUAGGACACUGAAUGUGGCCACUGGUAGCACUCCAGUGAAAGGGGGCGGCAAACCCGUCGACGAACUCCUUGCCAUGACCAAGGAACAGCUCAAGAACGAGUGCAGGAAAAAGGGCCAAAAGACUACCGGCAAUAAGACAGAGCUGCUCCAAAGACUGGGCUUCAAAAUGACGAAACGUAAGGAGAAUUCCACCAAUGGAACGGCGAUGACCCCCGAUGAGGCCCCCACAACCGGGGGUGGCGACUUGAGCGAAAAAACAAGGAAAGAAAAAGAACGGAAAGAGAGAGAAAGUCUAGUACUAUGGAAACGACCACUAACCACACUCGAAUAUGCGACAAAAGAAGUCACCACUUUAUUAACAACAUAUGGUAGAAAGAUCCUAGAACAUAAGAAAAUCGUCUUACUUAUCACAUUAACUCUUCUAUCUUCUUAUUUAUUGGUGAAAACGGCCGGUCCUCACCAAUCCUACAUCCAAAUCGUUUAUAAGAAACUCCUCUGGUGUUCAUAUUGGAUAGGUUUAGGAAUUUUAUCAUCGGUGGGGUUGGGGACCGGUUUGCACACUUUUAUACUGUAUUUGGGGCCCCAUAUAGCGGCCGUGACACUCGCUGCGUACGAAUGCGAGUCGUUAAAUUUCCCAGAGCCGCCUUAUCCGGACGAAAUAAUAUGUCCAGAUGAACGAAAUCCAUUGGCUGUGUCUAUUUUAAGUAUCAUGUCGAAAGUUAGAUUGGAAGCGAUGUGUUGGGGGGCGGGGACUGCCUUAGGGGAGUUGCCCCCGUAUUUCAUGGCCCGAGCGGCGAGACUUUCUGGCAUCGAUCCUGAUGACGAAGACGACGAUUUAAAGGAGUUUGAGGAGUUGAAACGGAAGCAGAACAACAGGAAUGAGCUCACCCUUAUCGAAAAAGGGAAGCUUUUCGUCGAGGAGCUGGUCCAAAGGGUGGGAUUUUUAGGGAUAUUGGCGUGUGCUAGUAUCCCGAAUCCUUUGUUUGACUUGGCGGGGAUUACUUGUGGCCACUUUUUGGUCCCGUUUUGGACAUUCUUCGGGGCUACUUUAAUCGGCAAAGCCAUCAUUAAGAUGCAUAUCCAGAAAUUAUUUGUCAUAAUUGCGUUUAAUGAAACUUUGAUCGUUACGGCCCUGCAAUGGCUUAAGUACCUCCCAGUCGUCGGCGAGAAGCUACAAGUACCUUUCAAGGCCUUCUUGGAUGGCCAAAAAUCAAAGUUGCAUGGCGGUGGGGGUGGGAAAGUCGAAAGUGGGAAUAUUUUAAGUUCGGUUUUUGAAAAAUUCGUUGUUGCCAUGAUUUUAUAUUUUAUCGUGUCGAUAGUUAAUUCGUUUGCUCAGAGUUACUAUAAGAGGAUACACAAGAAGAAAAGUAGUAAAGUAGCAAAGGAUUAGGUCAGGGUUAUUCAAUUUAGUUUGUUGUUGUUUUUAUGGGAGGUUGUUUUUUGUUGAACCAUUCCGAUUUGUAUACAAGUAUUAUUUACGGUUUAUUCACUUUUUAGUCAAUUUUUAGCGUGAUUACGACUUUCAUGUGUGAUUUAAUUACAAAAAAUAAAUGUUUGACAUAA